AUGACCAAAAUUACAAGAAAGGGCCAGGAGGAGGAGAACCGAGGAAGCCGUCAGACUAUUUUUAUUGUCCCUGUGGAAAAAAAGGGAGACGGAAAUGGACGGGAAGAAAAGACUACUAAAUUGAGGGAAGACAUAGAGAUUAUAGAGACCAUAGAGGUAUCUUUAAGAGUAUUGGAGGGCUACAGAGGAGGUAGGUGUGGUCCACUAGAAGUUUUUAAUGAAUGUGCAUCGCCGUGUAUUUCCGAGCGAACUUGCCAACAUCAAUUUCCCGUUGAGCCAGAUAGGUGUAUACUUCCUUGCGAACAAAGAUGCGAAUGUGAUAUAAAUAAGGGAUUAAUAAGAGAUGAGGAAUCCGGCAACUGUAUUGAUAUUGGAAAAUGUGAAGACAGAUGCGGUCGAAAUCAAUUCUUUGGAUGUAGACCAUGUUGCCCAGAACCUACUUGUGACAAUCCUAAACCUAUUUCGUGUAUCCGACCAUGUCCGCUGCUAUGUAUUAACGAAUGUUUGUGUAAAGAAGGAUACUUGUUUGUGGUUAUGAUCGAAAAUAGUGGCAGUGUAAUUCCAAGUACACUUUCUGACGUCAGAAGUUCUGCUAAAGCUUCUUGUUACAGGAAAAAUCAUUAUAUAAGAGUGUGCCCACCUUCUGAAAUUUGGAAUGACUGCGCCACAUGGUUACCCGAGCCGACAUGCCAAAACAGAUUCCCUUACCACCCAGGAUAUGGUCCAUCUGUAUGUUAUGAACGUUGCGAAUGCGAUGCUGAAAAUGGGUACAUUCGAAAUCGUGUUUCUGGAGAAUGCGUGUUGGAGGAAUGCUGUCCAGGAUGUCCACCUUGUGAAAUUUGGAACGAUUGCGAUUCAUGUGAGCCUGAGCCAACUUGUCAAAACCCUUAUCCAAACUGUACAGGAAUAGUAUGUCCAUUGAUGUGUUUUCCUCGAUGUCUAUGUGACAUUGGAUAUAUAAGAGAUGAAAUUUCAGGUGAUUGCGUAUCUCAAGAAAGCUGUCCAUGUAAGUAA